AUGCGCAUGAUAUUUCAUACUGUGUUGCCAGUGAUCAUUUUCAUUGCGCUAGUGAACGGUGCAAAACACUGGACGGCGGGAGAAAGAGUUCAGUAUUUACUCGCAGGUUACGAUCCGAUUGGACGUCCCAUCCGUAACGCCACACACAUCAUCCAAGCCACAAUCGAUGUUGUGCUUCAACAAGUGGUUGAUUUGGACGAGAAAAAUCAGAUCUUGCUCACUUCUCUGUUGAUCCAACUUAAGUGGCACGAUGAAGUUUUGGAUCAUCGAUUGCGCAGUUUGAGGGAUUUAAUUGCAGAAACGGAAAAAUUUACAACACGCGUGAGAUCCGAUUCCGGUGAGGAUAUUUCCGAUGUAGGCGGGCUUAGUUUUGUGCUUCCACCCGAUCGAAUAUGGACCCCAGACUUGUACGUGUACAAUAAUGCAGCAGAUGGGAAAAAAGGCAUGCUGAAAGUGGAUGAGAGUCGACUACGUGUUAACAGACGAGGUAAGUGCAAUUUAUUUUCUUCUAUAACGGAUAUGACAACCGAUCUGGUCUAA